UGAGUGACAACAGGUGACAAGGCUGGCAGCUCACACUUGUGUCACAGAGAAGCUCCAUGAUAGUAGCACGAAGUCAUCUUAUCAGCUGCUGGAGAACCCUGUGCAGGGAAGACAUCGAAUCCCUCCUUCAUUAUUUUAAUAUUGAUCUGAGGCAGCAAUACCUGUGUGUUGUUGUGGGAUGUCCUAUGGUGGUGGAGAAACUGCUGCGUACCCAGUGUGUGACCACCAUGGGGAGGAUCAAGGCUCCACUCUCCAGCUGAGCACUCUGAGUGAAAACAGCAAAUCUGCAGCAUUGUUGGAAGUCAGGGAGAACCUCAGCACCAUGCAGUAUUCUCCUUUGGCACUGAAUCCAGACCCCCCUGUGGAUAAAGGAUCCAGGAUUCCCCAGAGCUCUGGGGAAGGCACAAAGCCUGCAGCCUGCUCAGACAGUGGAGCUGGCAGGGCCCGAACCACGAAGUGCUUCCAGAGCCAGUAUCUGACCAAAACCAGCACACAGGGACAGGUCUGCAACUUCCUAGAGAGGCCCAGUGGGUCGAAGUGUUUUAUCUAUCAUUUUGCUGUGUACCAAAAAAUGAGCAGUAUUGAAGGGAAGAAACUCAAGAGCUCUUUGUUCAUUGAAGUGGGAUGUUCCUCUUGCUGCUUACGGUUGGACGUUCACCUGGAUGAGAUGGUGGGAAUGGCUGAAGUUGCUAAUGAAGGCACACUGAUAUUAAAGAAAAUUGUCAUUAGGGUUCUGUAAAGUUCCAGGACUUGGCUGUUCUAAAAUAUAUAUAAAUGGGGGUAGUUAUUAAAUUUUAAUCUCUCUUCCUAAGAAAAUGAGGUUUCUGCAACCACAUUCUCUGAGCAUGUCUGUGUGAAAGGGCCUUACCAGUUGGUGAUUUCCAGCUAACAUGGACAGGGGAUGUGACAUGUCAGAGAUACUGUGCUUCUUCUCAUUUGGUUAAAAAAGACAUUUGUUGAGAGAAAUUAAUAUCCCCAAGAUGAAAAAAUUUCACUUGGAGGUCCUUUAGAUUGUUUAGCACCAAGGAGUCUUUUCAGGAGAGAGAUGUUAGGAAAGCUUCUAAGGAAGAACUUGGACCUGGGAGUACUUUGUGUUAGGCACAGUCACCUAACCACAGGGCACAAAGCCACAGCAUGAGUAAGUUUUAUUUUCAUUUGUUGAAUUUUUGAUAAUUUUUUCCAUUAUUUCUGUAAGAAAUUCAAUACAUCUUAUUCUAGAAGCUCAAUUUUGUAAUAAUCUGAGCAAUUAAUAUACAUUAACAUCUGUCUCCACAGGCUAAUAUUGUUUCAAUUUGAAAACAAAUACUGUAGCCUGACAUUGCUAUAGUGCUAUUGAGGGAAUCUGGUUAUGAUUUUUUGGAAAAAACUCCUCUGUUCUUACAGAAACCAGCAAAAUAAAAAGAUAUUCCCUAGUGUUAAUGUUACAAUUGCUCAUUGACUUGUGGACUCCACAUGGUAGUAAAUUCAAGAAGAAAAGUGUUUCAUGCAUCUCUCUGAUGAUCAAGUUGGCAUUAACUUAGUGGAUGUAUUCGCACAGCGUCAUUAUAUGCAUUUGUUCUUUCCUUUUUCUGUUACUGAGCCCAAGAAACAUUAUUUAAUGAGGGAACUCAUAGUACUCACAUUAAAUAAUGUUUCUUUGCAUUUUGAAUGGUGGUUGGAAUUUUCUGUUCCCUUGGAGGCAUGUCCUAAAUCACAUGCCAAAACCUACUGACUUUUGUGUUACAGUCAAGGUUGGUGAUAAAAGUAUCAGAAUCCUCAACAUUGAAGUCAUGAUGAUGGACAGUUUUUUUCACUGUUUAAAGAACUGAUUAUGUCUCUUCUAGAAAUUCUUAGCUAUAGAAUCAGAAUGGAAGAUUGCAAGAUAUACCGAGAUAAAAACAAGAGAAACACAGAAGCACAGAUGUGAGUUGAAGAUACAGGCACUCAAUGGAAUGAAAGAGCUUAAAUCCCAGGAAAGGCAGGGCAUUGAAUAAAAGGUUUCAGUAAGAUCAGUGCUGCAGGGGAUUUUAAGGGAUACAUGAAUGAAAAUUGUCAGUUCUGAAGUACUGACAGAUAAACUCCUAGAAAAAGCAAAAUUCAGAUCUUAGUGCUCUUUAAAGAAUAGCAAUUAAGUUGGGCUGUCAAAUGUUUGGAAAUGUGAAGUGCUCCUUACUAACGGGAGCUGUGAAUGUUUUAUAAAUAACAUACAACAGCUUGAGUCACUAGAUCCAAAAAGUUGGUUUCAAGUGGGAGAUUUUUUUGUAGGCUGUGUGGCUCAUGCUGUGGUUUGAACAGCAUUGGUUUUAGCUGUUGAUCCAGUUCUGUUUGUGAUGAAUUCUGUAUAUGAAAGUGAGUCUAUUUGUAACUGAAAUUUUAAAUUAAAAUAC